UUCAAUGAGUUGGUUUUUAUUUUGAUGAAGAAGGCUCGGCUCAGGUUGACGCCGGUUUGAGGACACACUGAUUGCGUGAGUCUGAGAGACGCUGCGGGGAGACUGGCAGGUUAACUCAGCCUGUACUUGCGUCGAGCGGAGACCAGGCUGCAGAUGGAAGAGAUCCUGAAGCGAGAGCUGGGUACGGCCAAGCUGAAGUCCUGUGGCAGCGCCAGUGGUGGAUGCAUCAGCAAUGGCACGUCGUACGAAGCGGACACCGGAAAGGUGUUUGUGAAGACCAACGAGAAGACGGAGGCAAUGCGUAUGUUUGUCGGCGAGGAGGCAAGUCUGACCACCAUCCAUCGCACCAACACCAUCCGUGUGCCUGCUCCAAUCAAGCAUUGUGCGGAAGGCUAGCCGCUCACUGUCUGUGUUGUGUGCGCUCUCAGCUGUUCGAGCAUCCGCGCGGCACUGGCGGUGUGUUCGUUAUGGAGCACCUCGAUAUGUCGUCGUGCGGAUCCAUGCAGGCGCAGCUCGGGACGGACCUGGGAAGGCUUCACCAGCACAACAUUGGCUUGCUGCGGGCGUGCUCUGCUGCUGAGAGUCGCAUCACUGGCAAGUCCCCAAGCGAACGUGGUGGCGGUGGCGACGGUGGCAAUGGAAGUGGUGCCGAAGGUCACGAUGACGUCGCUGUCAGUGGCGUGGAGCAGUUUGGGUUUGAGUGCACCACCUGCUGUGGCUUCUUGCCCCAGGACAACACCUGGUGUGCCUCAUGGCCGGAGUUUUAUGCGCGGAGUCGUUUGCAGACGCAGAUGGACAUGCUUGCUGAAAACCAUGGUGACCGCGAAGCACUGCAGCUUUGGUCUGAAGCUCAGCUGAAGAUCGACAGUUUCUUCCGCGAUGUCGAGGUCAAGCCGUCGCUCAUCCACGGUGACCUGUGGGGAGGGAAUGUUGGCCAGACGGCGACCUCACCAGUUGUGUUUGACCCAGCAUCAUGCUAUGGUCACCAUGAGUUUGACCUGGGCAUCGGAGUAAUGUUUGGAAGUUUCUCGCCUGCAUUUCACAAUGCAUAUCACAAGGUUGUGCCCAAGUCACCCAACUUUGACAAGAGGACUGAUCUCUACCAACUAUUUCACCAUCUUAAUCACUGGAAUCACUUUGGCUCCGGCUACAGAGGCUCAUCAAUCUCGUUGCUGCGGUCGGUUGCCAAGGGACUUUGAAAAUCGGUGGACAGGAGUCGAUCACGAGACAAUGUCGCAAUUAUUCUGCCACGUGGCCCUAUGCUUUGCAUUUGCAUUUGGCCAGUGGUUGCUAGCGGAUGCUACAGUGCAGUUCUAAAGUCUGCAACAGGAUUUUAAGAGAAAAGUUCAUAAACGUUUUUAACUGGAAAAUCAUACUUUUCUAAUAAUCAAAUGUUGGUUCGAGUUUUCGGGAAAUCCCUCUGGGAACAUCCUCCGACGAGUUUUGCAACUUCCUCUUAUUAGUAUCUACGUGAUUAGAAAAUAAACGCCCAAUUAUAUCUCGAAAAUUUAGGUACACAUUGAUCACAGAUUUAAUAUACGUGCGGGCCUAGGUUUCUUUUAAUUUUAAUUUUUUAACGAUGGUUCACGCUUUUGUCUUGAAUUGCACUGCAUUUCAGCUCGAUUUUCUAGGACUUGAUUGUGCAGCUUUGAACAGAGUGACCAUACCAGUGCAGUUUUCCAUGGGCAUAAUGCAUCGCAACUACACACUGCAUAGCGCACAACACGAGAGAAAGUACUUCCAGGUAAAGUAGCAAUCCUUUGGUCCAUCACAGCCACGUUUCAUGGAUGCGGUUAAUGGAUGCAGCUAAUGGGGUUUCUCGGCACUUGUGCCAGUGGUUGUGAGACUUAUCCACUCAUCCCCA